GAACAUGGCGGCAACUUGACAACGGCAGCGAGAUGAAGACGGUGAGAGCUUGAAAAGGAAAAGAGGUCUGUUACAGGCUGUAGGCCCCUCCGCCGACAUAAAGGCAGACAGCUUCGCCAUGUUGGAAGAGGAUAGCGCCCUUGUCCCUGCACGACCGAGGCCAGGGAAAACGUAAACGCGUUGGUGAGUGUUUCUAAAAACGGAGUCGAGGCUACGCAGAGGAGCGGAGCGGCGCGGAGCGGAGCUCAGGGCGGGCGGGAGGACAGCGGCUUCACCGGUCAGCCAUGGAGGAUGCGGCCCGUGGUCGCCAGCGUCUAAUUUCCCAUCCGGCCCACGCUCAUUUUAAUGGGAAUUACCGCUGAACGCAAGGACACGCCGGGACAACCCACCACCUGACAUUUGAGGGGAAGAAAACGCGAAGCGGACCCCAAGUCAAUGACUGUUGCGGCAGAGGAGCCCCCACGGUGGAGUCGGCCGGUUCCCAAAAUAUGACCAGGGGUGCUGGGACGUGUUGGCAGCAAGAAGAUGACGACGGCUUCCAAAUCUGGCUAGAGCCCCCCCGCGACAACCAAAAGCCAUUCACCGACUCAGAGAGGGCGCAGAGAUGGCGACUGUCCUUGGCAUCUCUCUUGUUCUUAACCAUCCUCCUCUCUGAUCACCUGUGGUUCUGCGCCGAGGCCAAACUGACCCGGACCCGGGUCAAGUUCGCAUCCUCCCACCUCCUCUCACCUCAGACCCACUCAGCACACAGCAGCCUCAGAGGAAACCCAGAUGCUAUUUUUAUAGGAAACUCUACCAAACAUUUGUGGCGGCUCGAAACUUGCCACCAGGAGGAUAGUUUAUCUAAAGACUGCUUUACUUUCGCAGAUGCCGACCAUUUGUGCGGGGGCCUUUCCGACCAAGAGGGGACACGGGCUGUAAAUAUGAGCGAUUUGUACCUUUCCUUUUGUAACUCCUACUCUCUACAGGAUUUGUUCUACGGGUCGACAAAUCCAGACAAUUUGAACUGCAGCCUCGACGUGCUUGGCAAUGGCGACAUCACCAGAUGCAGCCUGUGCGUCCAGGCGUACCAACGCUACGACCAGCACGCCCAGGAGAAAUACGAGGACUUUGAGCUCCUGACUCAGAAAUAUGAGCCGGGGGCAUAUUCAGUGAGGACGUGCAUGGAACAGUGCAAGAUGGCCUAUAAGCCCUGGCUGUGCGCUCAGUAUUUCCCCACCACGCAGCUGUCCUGUCAGAGGAAGGUAUCUUGCCAGCAGUACUGCCUGGAGGUCCAGCAAAGCUGCCCGUUCAUUCUGCCCGACAACGACGACCUGAUCCACGGAGGCAGCCCCAGCUUCAUCUGCACAGGGCUCCUGGCAGAUCAUGUACCGGACAGUGAGGCGAACUGCUGCGACGUCCGAUGGGACUCCAAAACGGACAGCCCCUCAGGCGGGACACUAAAAAGGACUGCUUCUUCCUGCCAGCCCGAGGGGGCCUCGGUCACCUCCGCUGCCACCGCGAGACUGUGCAGCGGGCGGCUGAAGAUCUGCCUGCUGGCCCUCGUCCUCCUACACACUGUCAUCAUCAUUUCAGCCUCCCAUAAUUCCACGUUGGUGGGCGUGGCUGCCAUUUUCUCGCCAGAGGAGAGUGCUUCUAAUGAGGAGUGAACCUUGGGGUGCUUGCUUCGUGAGGAUUAUGGCUUUCACAGGGCUGCCAGGGACACAUCUGGCGAGACGUGCCGGAGGCGCCUCUACAAUCUGCCGCCGAUGAACCAUGAACCACAGGAAGUGGGAGGGUUUUAACUGGAGCUAAGGGUGCUGGGAUUGGACACGGACCGAAGAUGUUUGAUAACCACCCCCCUAAAGAACUGACCUCUUGCCAUUUAAAACCUGCUCAUUGUUUCUAUUCCAUCCAAAUGUUUUCUAGCAUAUUGUCCCUCCUCUCCUUCCCUUCCUUCCUCCCUCCUCCCCUCCCGUGUAUGGAUGGCACGUCAGAGGAAAAACGGACUUUGAUGAGUGUGCGCUCUCGCUCAUCAUUACCUUUAGAUUUUUGCUGCAUUUCUUUCAGGUGCCAGAAUGUUUUUUGACAUAUCAACUGUGUUCCACUUCCUACUCUGCGUUUCUUACUACCUUGAAUGUGAUGUUGCUCGAGGGCCUGUCAGGACCAGCUCAUCCAUCACUCAUUGUUUCUCUGGAAAACAAAAUGUCUGUGAUUCUUCUAUAUUCUGAUGUUCCGCUUGUAUUUUGUCCCACUAGAUCUCGACCCCUUAGCGACGGCACAUGCCAACUCGUUUUAGGACCUUAAGUGCUCUGAGAACGGCUCGCUAUAGCUCCUAACCUGUUGGGCCAUUGAGCAAGUUAGGAGCCAUGGACCGAUGGAGGUAGUGACGCUACAGGAGGACAGGAAGUGGAGUUCUCUGCUUUGUGGAGCGUUCACUUGACCUCAUACGGUAGUGAGAGUGCAGGGACACUUGAGAACAGUUGCAUGAUGCCAAAACAACAGGGGCCUCAUUUAUCAAGCACGCGUACACUUGUUCCUACACAUAGAAUCCAACUUAUUAUCUUUUCAAAUGGACUUAGCCUAAUGAAUACAGAGGAUGGGAGCUACGUCCACCUCCACUUCUCAGAAGGGGGAGAAAAAAACUAUUGCAUUCAAAUUCUUCCGGAAACUCCCAUUUCCAUAGAAGGGAAGUCGUCCUUCUGUUUCUUUAACACCACUUAAAUGUAGCACAUAUCUCGCAAUGGGAGUAAGUGAAAAAUUAUCUACAUUUGAAUGUAACUGGUUCCUGUUUUUUAAUGUGGCUACAUUUAACCACAUGUUAUCAAAGAGAGCAAUGAAGUUGGACUUGUAAGACAUCUCCCUUUUGUAUAGAAUUCAGAAAUUCCUUUUGCUGUUUACAUGCAAAGACAAAGUAACUAAAUAAAUAUAUCCUGUGCCCAAAGAUGGUGGACCUAGGUAAUGAGCCAGUGUCACGAGUUGUUCUUACCACCAGAACAUUCUACAAGGAUAAUUGUAGACCUUAUCAUGAGGUAGAUAAUAUUAGAAAAACUAUUAGCACUACACAUUCAACCAAACAAAAACAUGGAUGAGAAAAAAGGGGAGAAGCUGUAGAGAAUGUAAUGUAAAAUAACAGCAGGAACACUACUAAUAAACUCAUCCCAGGCACUCAUUUGGAACUUCUCCCACGCCCGCUUUGAUAAAUGAGGCCCCACAUCUUUGAGUGCCUCUCUGCCGCGCGUACGCCCCAGUGAGGCAGAACCUGGGAAUGGAGCAAUAUAGAGGAAGCAGCAGGUGUGAGUGUCCCACUUUGUGGCAUCUUCACAACUGUCUGUGUCGCAGAGAAUGUGACCAGCGAGCCAAUCAACAAUCAAUCAGUCCGUCGACCCUUAAAUACCCCUAGACGCUCUGAUCCACCGCUAUCUCUCAAAGGCUAGCAAAGGGCUGUGUUAGUGUCAGAGUGGGAGGAGUUUUAAAGGGCUGAUCCACCCAUUUUGUUCCUUUUUUUUUGUUGCAUAGUUGUUACCAGGGAAGUGAAGGGAUGAAGAAUACUUUUUCUAUACCCACAGAUUUACCCACAAUAUUCAAAUCUGAGACCAUGAGCAACGAGUGAUAUACCAAAAAUAAAAGCUAAUCAUGGUUGCCUCUGAUGAUCAGCGACUGACAGAUUGGAGUUUCCGCUCCAAAUUGUUCUUGGCCCCGCCUCCUUUUUCUCAUUAACAGCUUACUGACUCACAUCACGCAUUUACCCACACAUCAGAGUAGAAUUUCACAUGGAAGUCUACACUUUUUUUCAGAUUUUCAAACGUUAGGUCCCCCCAGUUUACUCUCUUUUGCUUAAAUUCUCCAGAACUACUUUCCCUUGAAGACAGCAGCGGAUGUAUCAGGCCCACACUUCGUGCUUCGCCCCUUCCUUUCUAGCCGUUUACCAUCUGAGUCCUGUGGAUCUAUGCAGAUGAAC